AGUGGAUAUUAUGAGGCAUGAAACCCUCAAGACUCUUUUGUACAGAAGGUCCUUACUGGAAGGCAGCAUGUCCAAUUUUACCUUGAGAAAAACAUCUCCCACAGGAAAUGAUAUGAAGAGUACCACUCAGGAGACCACACUGAGACAACAGGGUUUUCACGAGGUGAAUAAGAGGAGGACUUUGUUACAGGACAACAGCUGGAUAAAGAAACGCCCCGAAGAGGAAAGAGAUGAAAAUUACGGUAGGGCAGUGCUUCACAGACAUAAUUCCCAUGAUGCCUUGGACAGGAAAGCAAACGAGAGAGAUGAGCCCAAAGCCACAAUCAGUCGGUACAGAUCUGAUGACACUUUGGACAGGAUCUCAGACAGAAGCGAUGCUGCUAAAACACAUAAGGCCAAUUCCUUGGAUAACCGACUAACCAAUAGAAACGUGUCUACCUUCCAAUCACUAGAAGCACGAAAGACGCAACCUGGAGGCUUGUUCAGUGCAAAUGCCACCAACACUCCAGCUUCCACCUCAGCUACGACUCCUGUAAAGAAAAAGAGGCAGUCCUGGUUUCCACCGCCCCCUCCAGGUUACAGUGCUGCCCCAAGCACAGGAGCAAGCAGCAGGGAACCAACUGUUCACCCUCCGAUACUUCCGAAGCCUAGCCCUCCUGUUCCAUCUCCUAACCAGCUGAGGCAGGAUAAUAGGAGUCAGGACCUCAAGAACAUCGUCCAAGUGGCCACUUCACUUCAGAAAACUGACAAGGGUGAAGAAUUGGAUAAUCUCAUCAAAAUGAACAAAAGCUUGAAAAGAAACCAAGGUCUGGAUGGUCUCUUCCGAGCAAAUCUUAAGGCAGAGCCAACAGAGAAAAGAGCCAAAAGCCUUGAAAAUCUCGUCUUUGUGAAUACCCGGACAGACAAAGAUGGCAAAGGGAAACAAGACCUCAAUGGACUUAUUAAAGUGAACCUUGAAACAAAUACAAAUAUCAAGAGGGGCCAGAGCCUUGACGAUCUCAUCAAAGUGACCCCUGAAGUAAACAGAAGUAAUCCAGGUUCCAAAGACCUUGAUAACCUCAUCAAAGUGAAUCCAAGAACAGGAAAAAGUGUACAAGGGGGCCAAAGUCUUGACAGCUUCAUCAAGGUAGCUCCUGAAACAAACAGAGCCCACCAAGGAAAAUUUUUUAGGAACCAAGACUUGGACAGUCUUGUCAAAGUGAUGCCAUCAGCAGACAAAAGCGGUGACCAUGGUCUUGAUAAACUUAUUAACGUAAGCCCCAAAGCUGUCAAAGACAUGGCUGGAAAUCAAGGUCUUGAUAAGCUCAUCCAAGUGAAUCCUGAAACUCUCACCAAGAAUCACAGAGACCAGGAUCUCGAUAACCUCAUCAAAGUGAGCCCUGCCGUGCUCAGAAGCAAUCAAAGCCAAGCUUUGGACAAUCUUAUUAAAGUGAAACCUUCAGCUCUCAGAAACACUAAGCGAGACCAGGACCAGGAAAAUUUAAUUGAAGUAAAUUCCAGUGUGCUUAAGAAUAAGAAUGAAAGGCUGGAUGGCCAAGUUAAUGGAUGCGCUGGUGCUUUAAUCAUCCCAUCCUCUAAAACAACUGCCUAUUCUCCUGAAGCCAAGAGGACUCUCAGCUCUAGUGCUGAAACCAGGCAUGCAGGACCGAAGGAUACUGUCGUGUACACAAGAACGUAUAUGGAGAAGAGUAAAUCACCAAAGGAUAGAUAUCAGGAGAGUAUCUCUGGAAAAUACAUACAAACUGUUUAUUCGACUUCAGACAGGUCUGUCAUUGAAAGAGAUAUGUGUACUUACUGUCGAAAGCCCUUGGGCACAGAAACUAAGAUGAUUUUAGAUGAAUUACAAAUUUGCUGCCAUUCCACUUGCUUCAAGUGUGAAAUCUGCAAACAAUCUUUGGAAAACCUACAAGCAGGUGAUAGUAUUUGGAUUUAUAGACAGACAAUACAUUGCGAACCUUGCUACUCAAAAGUUGUAGCAAAGUGGAAUCAGUAAUUCUGGCACAUGAAAAUCAAGAUGAAAAUAUUCAUUAAGGAAUUAAGAUUUUUAUUUUAAGAGCAUAUACUCUAGAAAAGCUUUUACAUCGAAGAUUGAACUCUUGUAUAGAACUAACAGUUCUACUAUGGCAUCAAUAACCUAAUUGCCUUCAAGAAGGUCACAUACAUAAAGGGACCAUCUGGUUAGAUUUAGUGAUCAAAAAUUCAAAAAAAAAAAAAAAAUCCGAGUGCUUCUAGUUACCAUGGUCAAAGGAAGGAUGCCUCUGAUAGCCAUGAGUGUUGUCAACCUUGACCGGGGCCCUCUCUGCUCCAUAUCAGGCUGCAUGUCAUGAUUUCCACUCUAGACAAGCUUGGCAUUUUCUCACCUUUGUUUCCCUAAGAAUUUGGAUUUGGGGACAUUAUUGACAUCUUGGCAAAACUGUCAAGGAAGCAAGGUAUGUUUCCUUUAUGCACAAAAGAAAUGUUGAUAGGAAUUUUGGCAGAAAGAUGUUAACAUACCAAGUUGUAAGGACUUCAGAAUAUCACUUGAACUUUUCAGAUUUCUGUGCUAUUAUGUAUAACAUGAGGGGCACUGGAUGCGAUUUCAAAGGUCCCUUUCCGCUCUGAAAUGAUCAGGUUCUAAAGCAAGUUUCUGUUUGCUCUUUAGAAAAAUAUCUGCAUAUGUGUUUAUUGAGCAUAUUGAGCUAGAUAGGCUAUCUAAACAAUUUAAUCAUAGUGUCAUCAUUUUAUCACAGAUGUAAGUUUUAUAGAACGUGUUUUAAAAAUGUAUUACGCAUGUAUUUAUGGGUAAUGGGUAAAAUCAUAUGACAUGCCUAGUUUACAUAUUAUAAUUUGUUAAGUUUUCUUUGCAUGAACUUCAAAAUCUAGAUUUACAAAUUAUCUAUGAGAAAUAAUGGUUAUGGACACAAAGGCAUGGUCUUUAGCAUGUUACAUCUAUUCUUAUUACAUAGCACUUUAUAUUUACAGAUGGCUUGUAAAAAUAAAUUGAACCAUCAGUUACCCAGAAUCUUUUUGUGCAGUGUUUAUAAAUAUCACUCCCUGACAUUGAUAUUGACAACUAUAGUGAUCAUAAUUUAUUAUAUUCUGUGCCAUACUGCUUAACUUGAUUUUUUAACUGUUGAAGCUGUAACUUUGAUUUUUAAGGAGCUUUUUUUCAAGGAAUGGAAAAUUCAGUAAUCUUGUGAGGAACUAUUAUUAUUAUUCAAAUUGAGACAUUGCACUUCUAAACUAUUUUAUAUGCACAUAGCAACUGCUUCACAAAGGAAAGCAUCUGGAAUAUUGAGAGAAGGUGGAAUUCUAAGGGAGUUUAAGGCAGCUGUACAGAACUGACAUAACCUAGGGAGAUUAAAAGAUAAUUAUGUAUUUUCUAAAUGUUGAUAAAUGUAAAAAAAUCCUUCUCCGGUGUAAUGAUUUCCACCACUCUUCCUCUCAGAAACUGGUCCACGAAGUGUUAAAUACUAAAUGCUUAUCAAAAUCCAGCAAUGUGUAAUCAUUGUCCUAUGGAGAGGGAGGCAGAAAAACAAUUAAUAAUAAUUGGAUAUUCAUUAAUUCAUGCUUGAUGAGAAGCAGUGGUAAUCGAGCCAUAUGUUUUAUUGUUCUUUUAUUACAUGCUAUCAGAGUGGAUCAAAAGAAAUAAUUUUCUUAGAAUUGGAAUUUGUGGCAGAAAAGGACAAAUGGAGUAGUAUCCCUCCCUUUUAUAUAAAGUAUAUUAACAUCUCAAUGCCGUUGUAGUAAUUAAAAAUCAUUUGAACAUCAUUUUUAAAGUAGUCUACAGUUUAAUGCUUCAUUUAAGGAAACCUAAAAGGAAUAUAAUUCUCACGUUUCUGUAGCUGUUUAAUGGACCCUUUCUUCUACAAUAAUGUGUUACAUCAAACCAAAAGCUGUUGUAAAAAUGGAAUAAAUACGGAGGGGAAGGAGAAGGGCUUCUGAUUUCCCAAGUUCACUUCAUUCUGUCUGGGAUUAUUCCUAAAACAACUUUGAAGAUCUCAGUUUUUGCAGCCAACUCAUUAUGUUAUGAUUGGCAUAUUUUUCCUGGACACAAAUGUGUAAAUCUCAGGAUACUAGCCCCUGAAUUCUAUUACUAAUUAAGAGAUGCUGCUAAAAAAUAACUAAUGGCUCCACUCUGAGAGUAUCUGUCUGAAAAAGCAAAACAAAAAAAUAUAUAGUAAUCUUGGAAAUCUUGUUAAAAAACCUCAUUCUUUCUUUUAACAAGGCCAAGAAAUAAAAAUGCAUUCAAGAAGUAAUCUGCACAUCUGAAAUUGGUUGAUUGCAAUGACUCCUCUAAUUAGAUAGGAGUGCAGAGGUGGUCGGGCUCUCAGUGCUGGUGUGCUCUCUGACUUGUUUACUCCCCGAGAAAAUCAUGAAUGUUUGGAACAUUUUCCCACCCAGCUUGAUUCAGAGCUCUCCCAAAACAAGUGUCUGUUUGGUCUGCAUGAGGCAAACUAACAAUAAUGAUGUUGAUUGAUUUUUUUGUUGCUGUUGUUGUUGUUACUACUGAAUAUCCUGCGUAUCUGGUACAAUGUAAAUAAAUUGUUUUUAGAGUUUCA